AUGUCAAAGAACAAGGAAUAUAUUAAUUCUGCGGGCCUUCGCAUCGAUGGCCGAAGGCCACUUGAGGUGCGUCCAAUUAGUGCUAAAUUCGGUACAAUGACCAGUUGUGAUGGGAGUUGCAUAUUAGAACACGGCAACGCGAAGGUUUGUGCUUCUGUUUUUGGGCCUCAAGAAUGCCUCAACAAGCAAGAGGCGAAAUAUGAUGAGGCACUUCUGAUUUGCGAAGUCUCAAUUGCCGCAUUUUCGAGUGAAUACCGCAGCAAUCCACAGCACCGUCGGAGAGUGGCGGAGGAUAUCGCCACCAUCAUUGAGCAGGUCACGCGCUCAAUAGUUAUGCUGUCCCAAUACCCGGGUUCGCAGAUCCAUAUUUACAUUGAGGUAUUACAACAAAACGGAAGCGAAAGGGCCACUUGUAUUAAUGCCGCUUGCCUCGCGCUCAUGAAUGCCGGGAUUGCCAUGAGAGAUACUGUGUGUUCGAUCAAUGCAGGAAUUAUUGAUGAUAAAUUUAUCGUAGAUUUAACCAGUGAGGAAAUGCGGUCUCAAUGUCCUAUGGUUUCGCUCGCAGUUACGUCCCACGAUGUCAACAAUAUUGUUUGGUUAGAAACAUCCUCGCGCUCAACGCCCGAAUCGAUGGGGGUGUUGAUUCAGGGUGCGCAAGAAUGCAUUGAGAACCAGGUUUGGAAGACUAUGAAGGGGGUAAUUGAGGAUUAUGCAAGAGAAACGUUCAAGGAUUAGGCUCCGGGUUGUGGUGUCUUCUUUUGCCUAUUGUCUUUUUACAUGUUCCGUGUUUGUAAUUGCAUUUACCGUUUGCGUUGUUGACUAUAUGGUCUUUAUUUAAGUAAUGAUGGCAUGAUGUCUGGUGCGCGGUCAUUAGUAAAUCAUAUAAAAAAAUAUUACGUUUAAGAAUUUUUUAAUAAUUU